UUGCACCUAUUUUAAAUUUUCUUCGUACCAAAGAACUUGAUCAUAGAGGGGUCAACAUCCAUCUUUUGCUGCAUGAGGCCGAGUUUUAUGGAAUCACUCCUUUAGGCGCCUCCAGCUGUGUGUUGACAUAGAUCGGUCUUCCUGUGGAAGUGUGCUUUUUAAUGGAUACCUGCCACCACCAGUGUUCCCAUCCAUAAGACGAAAUCGGCACAGUGUGGCUGGCCCACAAUUUAGUAGCCGUACAGGUCCCAGUGACAGACCUCAAGUACGAAGAAGUAACACCAUGCCUCUAAACCUGGGAAAUGCUGGGAUUCUUGGAAGACUUUUUGAAGAAAAAGCUUUAGCUGGUCAACCUGCAGACCCUGGACUGGUGAGAAUAUUGUGUGGUCACCAUAACUGGAUAGCAGUAGCAUUUGCACAAUUUGUUGUUUGUUACAGGAUGAAGGAAUCAUCUGGCUGGCAGCAAGUUUUUUCUAGCCCUCGCCUUGACUGGGUGAUAGAGCGUGUGGCAUUGAAUGCUAAGGUUCUUAGUGGAUCUCUGGGAGAAAAUGACAAGAUGGUGGCAGUGGCUUCAUGCAGUGAAAUCAUCCUGUGGGCUAUACAAGCAGAUGGAAAUGGCAAUGAGAUUGGUGUCUUUAACCUUGGUGUCCCUGUGGAAGCUGUGUUUUUUGUUGGCAAUCAGCUGAUAGCUACCAGUCACACAGGUAAAAUUGGAGUAUGGAAUGCAGUAACUAAGCACUGGCAGAUUCAAGAUGUAUUUCCAAUAAACAGCUAUGAUACUGCAGGAUCUUUUCUUCUCCUAGGCUGCAAUAAUGGAUCUGUGUAUUACAUAGAUGUGCAGAAAUUUCCUUUGCGAAUGAAGGACAAUGAUUUGUUAGUUACUGAAUUAUACAAAGACCCAUCAGAGGAUGCCAUCACUGCUCUUAGUGUUUACUUGACACCAAAAACAAGUGACAGUGGAAACUGGCUUGAGAUAGCAUAUGGAACCAGUUCAGGAAUAGUUCGAGUCAUUGUACAGCAUCCUGAGACUGUGGGAUCAGGACCUCAGCUGUUCCAGACUUUCUCAGUCCAUCGAAGUCCUGUCACCAAAAUCAUGUUGUCAGAAAAGCAUCUAAUUUCAGUUUGUGCUGAUAAUAAUCAUGUUCGGACAUGGACUGUGACUCGUUUCCGAGGGAUGAUUUCUACCCAGCCUGGCUCUACCCCUCUGGCUUCUUUCAAAAUCCUUGCACUUGAAGAUGUUGAUGGACAUGCUUGCUGCAGUGCAGGCAUUGACAUAGGGCCUUAUGGUGAGAGAGACGAUCAACAGGUCUUCGUACAGAAAGUGGUACCUGAUACAAGCCAGAUUUUUGUAAGACUGUGUUCUACAGGGAAGAGGAUUUGUGAAGUUCGUUCUGUUGAUGGAACUGCCAUAACUUCGUUCAUGGUACAUGAAUGUGAAGGAUCUAGUCGAAUUGGAUCCAGACCACGACGUUAUCUUUUCACUGGGCAUGCCAAUGGUAGCAUCCAGAUGUGGGACUUAACAACUGCCAUGGAAAUGGCAAACAAGACAGAACAUAAAGAAUUGGGAGGCCCUACAGAGGAAGAGCUGCUUCAGCAGUUGGACCAGUGUGAUCUUGCUUUGACACGGACUCCUGAUAUGAGUCCUGCAGUAUCUAUUACCCAUUCUGCAACACCACGUGCCUCUAUGACCAGCCUUCAGUCUCAGUUAAGUGAUUGUCCAAGAGAAAGACCUACAAGAAGUACCACUGGUGUCUUGCCCAACAUGUCCCGCUUGUACAAAGAGAAUAAUGCAACACUGAUGAAUAGAUCACGGGACUUCUUCAGCAGUAUCUACAGCAUCCAGCCACAUUUAGCCAGCCAGCCUUCCCUAAACAGAAGUGAUAGCCACACAAGUAGUGGUAGAUCACUGAAGCCUCAAAUAGACCAAGAAGUGCGUCUGAAGUGGACUGCAAAUUCUUCUGAAUGUGCAUUUGGUGAAAAUAGGAGUAUAGAUGGUGAUGUGCGAUAUACUUAUGGAACUCGAGGAGGAAGCUUUGUUGAGAGAUGUCAUGAGCUGGCACGGUCCACAGAGUUCAGUCACCAGGAUAUGAGAAGACAUAGCUGUUCUAGUGAGCAAGAUAAUCGGCCUGGGGUUAGAAAUAAAACUCCUGCUGCAGUGGGGAGCCAAGUACGAAAGACUCCUGUACAGAGCCUUGUUCCUGCAGUCAGUACCAUAUCAGCAUCCUCACUAGCAAGAUCCAUGACUACUGAUGGCAGUGACACCUCUGCUACUGAUUCCUCUACUCUGCCUGCAGCGGAACAAAAGCCUAAAUUAAAUGAAACAUCAUUUUGAAAGUAAAUGUAUACCCCACCAAAAAACAAACAACAAAAAACACUCCUGAUAAACUUGUUCAGAGGAUGGUGGUGAUGGUUGAGAGAUUUUUUUGGUGUUGAUGCUAAAUUGGGACAGUUUUCUAACAAAAAAAGUCAGGCCUGGUGUAGAGGAGAAACAGAACCUGGAACCAUGAUGCUUUAAUUUUUGUGUUAUUGAAUAUUUAACAAGAGCUGAAGUACAUAAAUACCUUGCUGCAUUGUGGAAAGUAAAGGUUGAUCCUCUGUUUUGCAAGCAGGCAAAAUCAGUGUGCCAGUAUUAAACACAGAUAUACACACGCACAUGCACACACCAGACACUGUUCCAUUCCUUACCCAAAAGAAGUGCCUACUUUAGAUUAGAGCUAGCAAAAUGAAAUAACUUUUCUCAAAUAUAAUACAUUGUGCCCUAGAGGCAUGAACAAAAAGCGUAACAGGAAAUGUUUUUUUUAUAAUAUGCCUUUAAAUGUUUUAUUGUUUAACUGAAUAAUUGUGAGGGUGGGAAUAUUUUUGCUGUAUAAAAAGGGUUCUGCUUGUAUUGUUAAAAUGUACUCUGAAAGGCUGUGGAAGCCGAGGCACUAGAACAUCUGAUUUGUUUUUUUACUGUGUGGAGUUAUUGGUGUUUUUAUUAAAGAAGAAAAAAACGUU